AUUGUUUGCAAGCUUCCACGAGCCCAUGCAGGAGGAAGAGUCCAAGUUUGGUUUGGCUUUGUACUUUGUAGGUCUGAGACGAAAUGUUCUGUUAUCUGUCUCGGUGCUAGGAGUUGACUAUGACGGAGGUAUUUGUCUGCCCGGGUGUAGAUUUCACUCCCGUCUUCGUGUCGGUAUCGUUUGCGAUAUCUGGAUGGGCAUGACGAAUUUCGCAACACAUUUUCAAUUUCAUUGCUCCUCAAUUUUCUAGUCAUAAAAAAAGCAAAAACAAGUUACAAUGAGCAAGGCACGUCGUAAGGGGGCUAAUGCCGCUCCCACGGGCUUUUCAAUGCGCUUCACGACGCACCACAGCUCUGGCGACGAGAGCAGUGACGAGGACACAAUCACGACGGAACACGAUGGAAGCCAGAAGUCCUCAAUGGUGCGAACAGCUCCCGCACGACCCAGCACACAGCCCACGACACGACUGGUGGCCGCGCCAGCGACCUCCAGCGCUGGUCCCUCGCCUGGCGCUUCUCCGUCCACGCGGCACAAGGAGUCGGUCGGUGGAGGUGAUGCUAUGGAGGACUGGGAAUUUGUACUACCGGGUGAAGGUGAGUUGGGUGAUCAUUUCGGAACACUGCCCGGUACUGAACAAGACAGCUCUCAGGCACGCGGUGGCCGUCUGUCUGAGGCCACCAAGCGAUCAUCUUUCUACUCACAUCCCAAGUCAGAGUCGGCCAACACGCAUCACGAUUUGUCCUCCAUACACCGAGCGCAAACGCACUCCGUGUCGGACUACGAGUCGCGCUGGAAGCGGAGACGUUCGUCAGCAGUGACCGUGCAGCCGCCUAAGACUCCGGACGAUGAGUCGGCGCCAUCGAUCGCCAGCCGCGUGUCGCUGUAUCGGCUGAGUUUGGUCGCCACGGCGAUGAUGUUCUUCAUUGAAUACAACAGUAGUUCGUUCCUGAUGGGCUGUGCUGUCGGCGCAUACCUGAUGUUCCACCUCGGUCUGCUACUCGUCUACCAUAUCACGAAAGAGGUUCCUCAUUACAAUGAUUACAUUAUUAAUUUUGAAGAGCUACAUGCGGCCAUGGUGGCUCACCAGCCGGCCACCAGCGGCGAUGGCGUCACUCUUAUGCAGCCUAAGACCAUCUUGAAGGAUUCGUUUUCAAUGUCACAUGAAUACUCCGGACCAACAACAUUUCGUCAUGAGCAGACUAAGAAAGUGCAGCUGCGCCUGUGUGGCAGUCAGCUACGGGUUUCUUUCCUUGCUGUAAAUGAGGAUAUUUCACUAUUGGAAGUUGACAAGUAUCUACCAGAUUCUUGUUCCGACAGUAGUUCUGAGGAGGAUGUCUUGGAGGGCUGUGAACUGGAGAGGCGGCCCAGGCGAAGUCGUGGAAAUAGUCCGAAAGCCACCAUUCUAUCGUCCAAAUCAUACAGUCUACUUGGAUCCAAGGUAUGCCUAGCUCCGGAAGGCCUUAACCAGCGGCAGAGAUGGAGCAAGAAGCUACCGUUACAUCUCAUUCUGGACAGUGAUGUUCAGUUCUCCAGCCAAGAAGAUAUUCCUGGUGCAGUGUCGAAAGAAACAGGGAGCGAGGGCGAGCAAGAGCAAGCAGAUUCUCACACUGGCCAACGCUCGUCUGUCAACUCGCACGAGUUCUUUCUGUUCGCUGGCACUGGCCGUGUGAAGCAAGAUUGGUACAUGCGUCUGAAGCUGGCUGCCGAUCCGAGUCUGGUUGCCAAGAACCUUGCCAGCGUGCCAUCCGAGCACAAGGAUUACGCCAAGUACAUGGACUUCCUGCUCAUCCACCUACACCCGACCCGCGCCAGCCGUUUCAACUUCUUGCGCAACGAUGCCAUAAUGACGGAGACUGAGGUACGGCGCAUGGUAGCCGAAACUGCCGAACACAAUGCAUCUGUGGCGUCGCUGGGCUCGGCAGCGUCCUAUGGUGGAUCCGUGACAUCGUUGACCUCUGUCGGCUCUGCUGGAUCUUCUGAUAGGCAUGAUGUCGCACCGGGCUCUGUGGGAAGCUCAUCAUCUAUGUCGCGUCAAACUUCGCACUCGUCUAUUUCUGGUUCUGUUGGCAGCUCAAAGACACCGGGCUCUGGCAUCUUACCCGACCCGAGGCACAGCCUCCGCGCCGGCUCACUGCUCUGGUUCAAUGCCGCUCUCGGUCGCCUCUUCUACGAUGCGUGGAGAGAGCCACGCUGGGCGGAGAAGCUGCGCGUGCGCUGGCAGAGGAAGCUGUCCCGUCUGAAGACGCCCUCCUACAUCCGGCAGCUGAACAUGACCGAGCUGCAUCUCGGCAACAGCAUACCGCUGGUGAAGAAGUUCAGCCAGCCGAGAAUCGACAGCCGAGGUCUCUGGAUCGACGUGGGCAUCUCCUACAAGGGUAACUUCCAUGUGACCAUUGAGACGGCCGUUCAUCUCGGUCCACUGUUAGAAGAGCAGGUCAGCACAGCAGCAGCGCCCAGUCAUCAGCCCGCGACCGGUGCUGCUGCCAAGUCGCACCAUACCUCAUCUGGUGGCGACGACGACAGCGUAUCGUCCGUAUCGAUGAUGGACGUGCGCCACUCAUCGCAGGACCUGGAUGCUCUGGCCGAGGACGAGGACGACAGCCUGAGCACGGACAGUGACAUUGACAGCGGUGUGGACGAUGACGAGGCAGACGUGAACGACAACGCCGGAGCCACUGCGUCCGCCACGGCCCUGGCCACGGCUACGUCCAUGCUGCAGAGCCUGGAGAAGUCCUUCCCCUCAUUGUCCGGUACCAUCUCACAGGUCACUACCAGCUUGCAAGCGGCCACUGACGCCAACGGCCAACAACAGCCUCCUCCAUUGGAUCCCCAACCAGCCGCUUCGUCACAGGUCGUCAGCAAUACCAGCACCAGUGCUACAUCCAAGCUGAAACGCUUUGCCGGCUUUGUGGCACACACGCGCAUUGGCCAGACCGUGAUGAAGAGCAACGUGGUCAAGAAGCUCUCCGAGAAGGUCUCCAACAUGCCACUGGUGCUGUCCGUGGAGCUACGCCAGCUGUCAGGCACGAUGACUAUCAACGUCCCACCUCCGCCCAGCGGUGUUGUGUGGUGUGCAUUUGCUAAGCCACCGGAGAUCAUUCUUGUGGCAAAGCCACGCGUUGGUCAAAGAGAGGUGAAACUGGAGAAGGUUACUGACUGGAUAGAGCGCAAGCUGAUCGCGGAGUUCAAGAAACGCCUGGUCAUGCCGAAUAUGGAAGACCUUGCCAUUCCCCUCAUGAGCUCGGGCAUGCCUGACGACGUCGAGGAGAGUCUGCCUGCACCUGCAUCCGAGAUAGUCGGCGGCCCUUCCACGACAGCCACAGCAAGCUAGUCAAAUUGCUCUCCUUUUUUUCUUCUGUUUUUUUUUCUCGAUAUUAUUUCACCUGUUGUGUUGGCAUGCUCUGCGUGCUCUCUUCGUGUACAUAAGGUUUUUUUUAAGUACGGCGCCUUGCCUGAUCGCCCCACGCUUUUAUUGACCUGCCCUGGAGGCAGAGAAUAGUUCCAUGUGCCGUGCACCCCCGUCGCCGCCUCGAUUUUAUUGAACAUACCUAACUUACUCGACCCGCUGCUUAUUUAUUGUUCGUUGUGCGGCUGCGAUCAGAUGAGUUUAUUUUAUUUUCUAUCCGUAGCGUUGAUGUGCGCGCUUUCUCUGUAGCAUGUGUACAUACGUGAAUAAUUAUCGAUGUUCGCAUCUGUCAAAAAAUGAUAAUUAUCACUGCUUCUUCUAGGAUGCUUAUGGUCCAACACCCCAGACUUAUUACUGCGCAUCUAUUUCUUGCUGGAGACCAGCUUCCACUUGGUCUGGCUUGCUACCUAUCGGCUGAUUUUUGUAUCCAUUUUUAUUCCACGAUGAUGUCGUGCUUCGACUGAACUUUAAAAAUUCUUGCCUUGCUGGGUGAUAGUAUGCAGUGCACUGGUGACGUCACUGGUGACAUCACUGGUGACAUCACACGCCAGUACAUGUAGUAUGUAGCCUGCUGCUGGGUCCAUCAUAUAUAUCAGAGCUGACUUGACUUCUGCAUUCCGGCGAGCGGCAAGGUUGACCGUUUUGCAAGACAAGCUUUGCAGAGCUUUCGGUUUUGCCUGGAAGUCGGCGAGGACUUUACCAGUGGCGGUCCGCGACUGGUUACUUGCAGGCUUUCUUCUUUUCUACCUGUGAUACUGAAGUGACUUUGACCUUGA